AUGGCUUUCUCGCCGGCAGCGAAGAAGCGCAAGGGCGACAACGCGGCCAGCGUCGUCGGCAGCCCCGGCGCAGCGUCCGCGCAGAGUGGCGCCCAAGCGCUGAGCCAGCGCGCCGCAGUCGGCAUGUCCCCGAAGGCGCCAGCGAAGAAGCCCAACAGCGCGCCGAUCGAGGUCUUCGUCUGGCUCUACACCAAGUGCGGGUCGGACGUGUUUCCCGGGUUCCCGCAGACGGAUCUCUUCGGCUUGCGUCUGCGGCACGCGGCUUUCCCCGCGGUGGAUUCGGACAUCCUCGCUUCCUUCAAAAUGUUCCUGGGCGAAAAGAAUGCGGAGAACGACGAUUACCCGGCCGACCUGAAGGAGCUCAAGGACUACGAGCGCAUCAUCAUCUCCCUGACCCAGACGCCCAAGGACGUCGAGGGCCGCCGCGUCCAGACCAACAUGCCGCUCAAGGAGUGGAGCGUCAUGUUCUGGACCGACGAGCCCUUCCACUGCAUGCGUCUCAUCGCGGACUUCUCGUGGUGGAGGGCCCAGCACCGCCGCCCCGCGGACAAGAGCCCCUGGCCGGACCUGAGCACUCUCAAGAUGGUGGUGAACCCAUUCGUCAACGUGUCAAUGGACGGCUUCAACACGGACAACAUCACCAUGCCCAUGACGGUGAACGAACCGAGCACCACCUUGCAGUGCUCCAUAUUCGAGAGCUCCCCACCUGGUUCCUCUAAAAUGGUUGAGGUCCGUGUCCAGGUGAUCGACCAGAAGACCGUCUUCUUCGCUUGGGAGGGCCGCACCUUCCCCUACCGCGAGCGCUUCGACUUGAAGCGCAUUGGCCGGGAGGACAACGUUCGCAUAUUGCCCCAGGCCCGCACGGACGUGAGCAUUGCCGACAACGCAGCCUUCAUUCGCGACGUUUUCAAGCAGGGCGUUCUCCGCGAUCUGUUGGUGCACCUCGUGCUGGAGGAGAGCUCGGUUCCCGCCGACGGGCCCGUCAAGGAACUGCUGGACGAGUUUCGCGGAAACCCGCAGAUUUAUUUCAACGCCUUCUAA